UUGUUACCGAAUCAGUCUGUAUUAGGUGAUUGAUGGACGUGGUGUUUUUUGCUGUGGACAAGUACAAAGUUCUUUCUCUCAUUCAAAAUGCCGAAAACACAGGAAACCAAGUUUGUCAAUUCACUCUUUCUGACUAAUCUGAUUCAAUCCCAGUAUGGUGAAACGGAAGUCAAGAUCAAGGCGUACGAUGUGGAGCCUGCAACCGCUGAGAUCAAUGAUCCGUACGCAAGAUCUUCCAUGAACCGGAUUCUAGUGAAAUAUGUAUCCAAGGAAAAUUGUUCGGAGAAUGUAAUAACGUUUGUUGCAAAGAUUAAACCAGUCGAAGGAAAGCUUGUUGAAGAGUUCAAGAAGAGCGAUGUGUUCGAUAAGGAAAUUUUCGUUUACAAGGAUGUUCUGCCCAAGAUGGUGAAAGUUAUUUCCAAACUUGGAGGUGCUGUAGAACUUGCUCCGCAUUUGAUCUACUCGUCCGACGUUCCAUCCAAUUUGAUGGUAUUGGAAGACUUGACGGUGCGUGGUUACAGCGUCGAGAAUCAGCAAUUGGGGCUCAACUUGGAGCAAAGUAAAAUGGCUAUCGAGAAACUUGCCUUCUUCCAUGCAGCUAGUGCGGUUUUGAUUGAUGAGAAUCCCAAAGAGUACACCAAAUUCACGAAAGGAACAUUCCAUGCUGAUCAUAAGGAUAAAUUGAAGUAUUUUGCCGACACCCUAAAGGUUGUUGCUGAAAAUGCCUCGGAUCUCGGAAUAAACAGCAAUGUUGGAGAAAAGUUGAAGACUUUACCGGCGAAGGCAGUACAAAAGGCUAUUGAUUCCUAUGAAAGCGACUUCCACGGGCUGAAGGUGCUUAGCCACGGAGAUUUCUGGACCAACAACAUCAUGUACAAAUAUGCCAACAAUGAGCUGGUUGAUGCCAUUUUCGUAGACUUCCAAAACUGUGUUGUGGGAUCCCCGAUCAUUGAUUUGAUGUACUUCCUAACGUCCUCACCAGCCUAUGAAGUGCUGGAACAAUCGAAAGAUGAAUUGGUAUUCACCUAUUAUGAAACGCUGGCUGUUUUGUUGCAACGUCUUAACUAUAAAAAAUCAAUCCCAUCACUAAUGGAGCUUCAGGUAGAGCUGCUGAAACACGGUGCCUUAGAGGUUAUCCUAUCAUUGACUACUGCUCCGUUCUUGCGUACCAAACACGCCCAAAACACUCCGGUUAUGCAACCGACUCUGUAUAAGAAUGAACAGAAUGUAGAUGUGAAACCAGUUCUUAAGGCUCACGCCAGUUCCAUCGUGAAGCAACUGAAGGACUACGAGAUGCGUGGUUUGUUGGACUGGGGCGCAGCCGAGAGCAAAAUCAAAGGCCUGAUGGGACGCUUCCAACGUUAAAUCAAACACAUUUUGAACUAUAUGGAACGAGGGAAAUGAGCAAUAAAAAUGUCUACAGUGAACUUCAUACGCAAAUCAAA